UAGCCUGGUGGUUGUUGUCAUAUCAUUCAUUGUUGAGGCCACCUGCCGCUGUAUGGAAGCUCUACCAAAUAGUUCAAACAAUGUAGCGUAACAGAGUAGUGCAAGUAUUGGAGAUGUUGAAAAGAGAAGAGGGAGUUCUAAAUUGGAAAUAACACUUGCCAACAAACCAGCAUGGCUAGACUUUACCGGCAAGGGAGGACAAAGAUGCGACGACACAAGGUCUUUCUCUUCGGCACAUUGGCCUUGUGUGUCCUCUCCCUGCUGCAAUACUGCAAGGCCCUCCACCACAUGCUUAUGCUGAGAGAGCUGUAUACCUCCUCUGUCAACCUCGAGGCCCUGGGCUUCCUCUGGAGAGGGAAUGUUCGCUCAGGGAUGAAGCCUCUCCCUGGGUCUCGACCCUCCAACACGGGCCUGUGGGAACCAGGGGAUGACCAGGGGAAUGCGGAGGUGGAGAGAUGGAUUGGGCAUGGCGGUGAGGACCCAUGGGGUAAGGAGCAGCCUGACUCAGGGAAUGUAAACAGAAUGACGGUCACUCUCCCAGACCCCAAAGGACCAUGGGGGGAACUUCACAAACGGAGCUUCCGUCUUCGCGAUGACCCCACCCCAUUCUUUGCGCGCACCAAGUCUGGAGCAUAUUGCUUCCGAGAGGGGACGGAAAUGGCUUUUCUCAAAGACGACUCAGGACAAACGGUACAAGCAGCACGAGAGGGCCAGCGUAAGAUACUGCAUGCACAGCAAGAGGAACCCAAGUCAGCCCAGGGGAAAUACGCCCGGGGGAAAAGGCUGGUGAAGUGUAUGUGUCGCCAAGGCUGGCACGGCCCUCACUGUGGCAUCCCCACCAUGGUGCAACACUCCAACCUGCCCACUAAGGGAAGUCUGAUGCCCAGGAUGGUUCCACGGAGGGUCAUCAACGCCAUUAACAUCAACCACGAGUUUGACCUCCUCCACGCCCGCUUUCACGAGCUGGCCGACACUGUUGACCUCUUCCUGGUGUGUGAGUCAAACUUCACGGCCUAUGGAAAUUCCAAGCCACUGCACUUCCUGCGCCUUCUGCUUAACGGGACCUACAACUACAUUCGCCACAAGAUCCUCUAUGUCUUCCUUAAUCACUUUCCUAAAGGUGGCCAGCAGAACGGGUGGAUUGCUGACGACUACCUGCGGACGUUUUUAAGCUAUGACGGGAUGUCCAGGGUGCAAGGCGCCAGGCCAGAUGAUGUCUUCCUCAUCAACGAUGCAGACGAGAUCCCUGCCCGCGAGGGCAUCCUCUUCCUCAAACUCUACGACGGCUGGACGGAACCGGUGUCCAUCCACAUGAGAAAGUCCCUUUAUGGUUUCUUCUGGAGGCAGCCUGGGACACUGGAAGUCCACUCCGCCUGCACUGUUGCCAUGCUUUUUGCCGUCUACAAUGGAGACGGGAUAUCACUGAGGCGCAGGGAUUACUACUUCAUGCCGGGUUUCCGGAACUAUCAGAGGGAGAGUGGACACAUCCUGGUGCAGUGGUCCAUUGGGAGCCCCGUCCACUACGCAGGCUGGCACUGUUCCUGGUGCUUCAGACCAGAGGGAAUCUCCCACAAACUAAUAUCUGCCCAGAAUGGAGACUUCCCCCGCUGGGGCGACUACGUGGAAAAACGAGACCUGAACUACAUCAAGAGCUUGAUCCAGACUGGGGGAUGGUUUGAUGGCUCGGUGGGGGAGUACCCAUCCACAGACCCUAAAGAGCCUAUGUACGCACCCAAAUAUCUAUUAAAGAACUUUCCGCUGUACCGCUACAUACUUGAGAACCCAUAUGUCUGAAUCUGGUAGAAAACCGGUAAGGAUUAUUUUCUCAUUGUUGAUUUCAAUGGAAGGAUUUUUAACUUCAAGGGGUGUUGUCUGAACACAACUAUGAAACCUCCACCUAUGCCUCUGAUUGAAGGGCAGGCCCUCCACUUCCUGUCUGAAGAAGAAGUAGCUAGUGGUUGAGAGGGAGUGUAAUGAGUGACAUCUGAGACUCAUUCUAUCCGAUUCUAUCCCUUUUCAAUCACAAUAUUUAAAUGAUAGUUAAACAAUCCUCAAUGACAAAGGCCCCUUCUACUCCAGAGCAUUCAAGGACCGGUUUACGUUUGGGACAUUGACUUUUGUACAGUUCCUAACUGUAGACGUGAUGGCAGACAGGUAUAUAUGUAUAGAAAGUCUAUCUGAUGAUGGCCAGUGAUACUGUAGUUUUCCCUCAGUCAGAUCAACAAUGUGCUUCUAGUGCCACCAGUUCUGAGUUUCCAGAGACCUCUGUGAAGAAAGAGACCUGAAAAACGAUCCGUGCACUUUUCUGUGGUGGUGGUAAAACUGGUGGUGGUAAAACUGUGUUACUGUGCUGAAAUGGUUGUUCAAACAACACAGAGAAAUAUAGCGGGAAAGGGAAAGUCUGUUUUAUAUUGUUAAAUAAUACAAAUUCAGGUUUCCCUCACUAAUGUGGGCUUGUCUUAAACGUUGCUUCAUUUGACUACACAACUUUCUCAUAGCCUUCUUGUAAACAGAUUGUGUAUGGUUUACAGGUGAAUAAAUGUGAGGCCAAAAAGAAUAUGUCAUUAGAACCAUGGAAUCAGGCCAAACAAUUGUCACAUUGCUUUUAGACAUUUCUGUCAUUUGUGUUCAUUGUUCAUUGAGAGAGAAAAUUCUUGAGAAACAAAAUCAAUUUCUUCUGCUAUGGUCUCGUGAUUCACAUCACGUCUGGUAAUUCAAUCUGUUCUAGACACUCAAUUUGGCAUGUAUAUAAGCCAACGCAAUGGUUUCCUUGGUUUCGUCCUUAAAAAAAUGGAUUCCAAUUCUUCAACAACCAAAUAACGAACGUGAUAAUAAUAUUCCUACAGAUCUUAGGGACAUAUCCCCUGUGAAUAGGAUGCAUAGCAAUGACAAUUAUUCAUGUAUUCAUGCUUAGUUAAGAAACAACAGACUGUCUGCCAUCAAUCGGAUCAGCCUUCGAUACGCUGCAAGCCAUUUGUUCCUACCUGAAUUACAAUAGAGUCACUGAGAGGCCUAUUCAACAGAAACCAGUGCGUCAACAAAACAAAAGCAAAAUGUUUAUGUUGUGAAUAUCUUAGUUUGUUCUUGUUUCGCACUGCAGACUAUGUUUUGUUGAGUAGCUAUAUGAACCCAAACCUACUGGCAGUAAAAACAGUAACAGGAUGACAUGAAUACAGACAAAAGUGCAUCAAAAGGAGUCAUUUAUUAGUAUACUUUAACUUAAAUUUUGAGUCAUUUAUUACAUGUAUUACUUAAUCAUGCACCUUUAUUUCCAGAUAAACUUACAAUGUUAGGAAGGUUAAGACUGCUGUUUACUGUUGUCAUGUCAAUGUGGACACUUUUGUUCAGAAUUAGCUUUAGCACUUCCUUGUCUUGGGAGAAUGACUUUGGGAAUAAGGAGAUAAUAAUAAUUGAUUGGUGUAUUGACAAUGUUUCUCUUGGGAAUCUGAUGCUUCGUCAAUUGAUGCUCUGACUUGCAGUUUGCACACAUUCUCUCACAGCCUUUAAAACGACUUACUCUGAACUCUGAUACACCUCUUGUUUCUCAACACCUCUCGUUCCUCAAUCCAUGUUUUGAUUAUUCGUGCACUCAACUUUUAAACUCCCUCUGCCUUAUUGUGUGCGUGCGUGCGUGUGUGCGUGCGUGUGUGUGUGUGCGUGCGUGUGCGUGCAUGUCUGUGUGAAUAUGUAUUUUAUCUAUCUUGUUAGAAAUUAUUUGUAAGGUGCCACUUUUCAAUAUCUUUCUAUCUGGAGUCCACAUGAUGAAAAGUGGGACUUCCACAGUGGCUACAUUUAAAGGCCAGAAUCUCAGGAAUAUUAGAGAAUGGCAUGUGAAUGGCAUGAAUGGCAACUAUACAAACUGCACUGUUGUUUAAGGUCCACAGCAUGUUUACAGCAAAAAAAUGCCUUCGAUGUUGUUGACUUUGCUUUUUUAGGGGGAUUUAUUUUGUAAUUUCUGGAUGGUGUCCAAUAUUUCUUUGUACAACUAUGAGGUACUACUCCUGUGUUCUAACUAAAAAAAUUAAUUUGUUGAAGUAAAAAUCAAUAACUAA